UUUAAUAUUCGGUCAGAUUCAUUAUUCGAGAUAGAUUACUGACGAAUGUUCCGACGCAUUCGAAACCUUCGAGACCCAUUUUAUGGACCACGUUGAAGUGGAAGAUCGCAAGUCACGCCCUACUUCAGGACACCGAUAUCACGUCAUUUCCGAAUUUGCCAGCUACUGCACAAGCAACCAAACAGACCAAGGCGAACCAAGCCGACCACCACUCCGACUACUCUACCAAACCGUACUACACCAAAGACUACCAACCAUGUUCAGUACGUGGGAUCUCGUCCGACCGCGCUUCUGGUACCCCAUGUCGUCUCUGGAGCAAUCCAUGAUGGAGCUCGAGCACAUGAGCGACCUCAUGAGCCGCUCGCGCUUCCCGUUCGACAUGGGCAGCGAGAUGCUAGCGGCGCCCAGCAACGUUGACGACGACGAAUUCUUCCGGGAUCUGCCCGUGCUCGCGCGUGAGCGGAGACCGGCGACGCAGCACCGUGAGGUAGCUGCACAGCCGACAGGGAAGAAGACCGACGCGCACGACCCGACUUCGACCCGUGACAACGACCCGAACAAACAGACCGGGGUCAAGGGGGACACCAACGCUAACACGAAGACCUCGGUCAAGAAACACCCAAGCCAGAAGCAGCAGGCUGACAGCACCGAUAUUGACGCCGACGACCAGUACCGCCGCGCCUUCUCGUCCUACACGUUCAGCAACUCGUCCAUCGUGGACGACAAGGGCCGGCGCGUGACGAGCUCGCGGCGCCGCUACGAAGACUCGACGGGCCGUCUGAAAGCGGUGCACGAGCGCCAGGUCGAGGGCAAGAAGCUACGCACGACGUGGAACCGCAUGGGCCCCGACGACGACGGCCAGCACGAAACGCAGUGCUCGAGCGGCACGCCCGACGAGUUCGAGGCGCUGUGGCAGCAGACGCCGUUCGGAGAGGCGCAGAAGAAGACUAUCAAGGAGCAGCAGCGCCAGCAGCAGUUGGAGCAAGGACAGCAGACCAAGGCGCUGAACCAGCAACAGACAACCGACUCGAAGGCGGCAGCGGAGAAGGAAGCAACGCCCAUGGAGGAGUAAACUGUCGUUACGAUGCUCUACGUGUGUGGAGUCUAUAUUUUAUGGACUGAUCAUUUCACUGUGGUUGCCUUCUUGUUUACGAAGUAGUUUUCUUGAUUGUUAAUGCAUUUUCUUGACAAGUCUAGUUUAACAAAGCAUCACUUCGGUUUAAUCGGUGAUACAUCACAGAGAGGUAGUUUAAAGAUUCAUUACAUCAAAUUAUCGCAACUGCA